UUCAGAGCACUACGUAGAGCAUCAAGGUAGAGGCAUGGCUGAUUGGGGGCCAGUGUUCAUGGCAGUGAUAUUGUUCAUCCUCCUCUCACCGGGCCUCCUGUUUCAAGUCCCUGGAAAGGCCCGGAUCAUCGAGUUCAGCAACUUUCAAACAAGUGGCGUCUCCAUUCUCGUCCACUCUAUAAUAUACUUUGGCCUCAUUUCCAUAUUCCUCCUCGCCGUUCAUGUUCAUAUGUACAUUGGAGGCUGAUCACUUUUCUUUAGUAUCAUGGCCGGAUGUUGGGAGCAGAUGGACGGCAUGGUUACUGCCUGGUCUUGCUUUCUUGUUAUUAGCUUCCUUGCUUGUGUUGGAGUUUAUUAUUACCUUGUUCGAGUUUUAAAGUCUUUAUCAUGACAUAAAUAAUUACUGUCUGCGCUUGAAUUCGGUUAAAGUUAAUAUGUGGAUUGGUUUCCAAUGGUUCCAAUUAAUUUUUUAGUACUCACCUCCUAUGGUGAUCAUAUUAAGUUAAAG